CCUGAAUUUUAUAUAUUAUUCAUACCAAGGCAUGAAGUUUUGAAUGAAUAGGGUUGGGGUUGCUCUGCGUAAAGGACUCUCCUCUGUUUUCCUCUGCUUUCCUCUGUUCUCUGCAAACUCUCCAACUCCAACAAAAAUCACACAAUCCAACGAACCCGAGAUGAGGUUUUUUUUUGUUUUUGGGUUUUCUUCUUACAUUUCGUUCCUUCUUCUACUUUCUUGAAACUCCCAAAAUUCAGUUUUCAUUUCAUUCCAGUGGGUAACAACCAAGAAAGUAGCUCAACCACAGAGUUUUAAGCUUUAAAGCACUGCCAAACCUUCCCAUUUCCUAAAAUUCUCCCUAACCUAUCUUCUCAAGCAAACCUCUAAAUCUUACCUCAAAUCCCCCAUCGCUGCUUGCGGGUUCCUUUCGAAUUACGAGUCACCCCCUCCACUCAAAUGCCCCUCUUCACAAGUUUAAACACACAACCCAACUGAACCCACUUUGAAUCUUUCAUUUUCGGUUUCUGGGUUUUGUUCCUUCGAGGGAAUAAUGGCGCCUGCCAAACAGAGUACAGAGGAAGCCAUCGUUCCCAGCUUCAAUCAGACGACGGAACAAGAAGAAUACAGAGAAGAACAGAGGGAGGAAGGAGAUGAAUCUUUGGUCGGAUUCAAGAGCUUUCUGUGGCAUGGUGGCUCUGUCUAUGAUGCUUGGUUCAGCUGUGCCUCCAAUCAGGUGGCUCAAGUUCUGUUGACUCUGCCCUACUCUUUCUCUCAACUGGGGAUGCUUUCGGGGAUCAUUUUGCAAAUUUUUUACGGAUUUCUCGGGAGCUGGACGGCUUAUUUGAUCAGUAUUUUGUAUGUCGAGUACAGAGGGAGGAAGGAGAAGGAGAACAUUAGCUUCAAAAACCACGUCAUUCAGUGGUUUGAAGUUCUAGAUGGUCUUCUUGGGCCGUGGUGGAAAGCAAUUGGAUUGGCUUUUAACUGUACUUUCCUCCUCUUCGGCUCUGUCAUUCAGCUCAUUGCUUGUGCAAGUAAUAUAUACUACAUAAAUGACAAAUUAGACAAGAGGACCUGGACUUACAUAUUUGGAGCUUGCUGUGCCACCACUGUGUUCAUACCCUCAUUCCACAACUACAGAAUCUGGUCGUUCCUUGGCCUUGGAAUGACCACCUACACCGCCUGGUAUUUGACUCUGGCUGCGCUCCUUCACGGUCAGGUCGAGGGUGUCAAGCAUUCAGCUCCCACUGAGCUGGUUCUGUAUUUCACCGGCGCCACCAACAUUCUUUACACAUUCGGUGGCCAUGCCGUCACAGUAGAAAUUAUGCACGCGAUGUGGAAGCCUCAGAAGUUUAAGUAUAUAUACUUAGUGGCCACUCUGUAUGUCUUUACGCUUACCCUGCCUUCGGCCACCGCCGUCUACUGGGCUUUUGGCGACCAACUUCUCACCCAUUCCAAUGCCUUUUCCCUCCUCCCUCGCUCUCCGUGGCGCGACGCUGGCGUCAUUCUCAUGCUCAUUCACCAGUUCAUAACAUUUGGGUUUGCUUGUACGCCACUGUACUUCGUGUGGGAGAAAGUGAUAGGAAUGCACGACACGAAGAGCUUAUGUUUAAGGGCCCUUGUUCGGCUGCCGGUGGUGAUACCCAUAUGGUUUUUGGCGAUUAUAUUCCCAUUCUUUGGCCCAAUAAACUCCGCCGUCGGAGCCCUUCUCGUUAGCUUCACUGUUUAUAUCAUCCCUGCUCUGGCUCAUAUCCUCACUUAUCGAUCCGCUUCUGCCCGGCAGAAUGCAUCGGAGAAACCUCCGGCGGUGUUGGGGAGGAGCUGGACGGCGAUGUUUGUGGUGAACGCGUGCAUAGUCACGUGGGUUCUGGUCGUCGGAUUCGGGUUCGGCGGGUGGGCCAGUAUGGCCAAUUUCAUCAAACAAGUUGACACAUUCGGACUCUUCGCCAAGUGCUACCAGUGCCAGUCCAAAGCGCCGUCGUCCACGGCGGCUCAUCGUUGAUCAGUUCAGAGUUGUUUCUUUGCUGCUUUUUUCUUACACCAUUAUCUUUUGUUAUUAUUAUCUUCUUCAGUCCUUGUGAAUGUAAGGUUUGCGUCAUCAAUAUAAACAAACUCUAUA